AUGAGCUUAGCCGAACAUCACCAGCACGUCAGAGCAGACCUAGAAUGGCUGAGACAGUUCCAACUCUUCCCAAAAGCAGAGAAAUGUACUUUCCACCAGUCCUCAGUCCACUUCCUGGGGUAUGUAAUUGACCACACCAGCAUCCAUAUGGAUGUGGGGAAGAUAGAGGUAAUCUCAUCGUGGCCAGUACCCAACACCAUCAAAGAACUUCAACGCUUUCUGGGCUUUGCCAAUUUCUACCACCGUUUCAUACAGAAUUACAGCACCAUCACCAACCCUAUAACAAACCUUCUUCGAGGCAAGCCCAAGUCUCCGUCCUGGACCCCAUCUGCCACUGAAGCCUUCAACAACCUUAAAAAAGCAUUCACCAGCGCUCAACUCCUAAUUCACCCUAACCCAGAGCUCCUAUUUGUGGUUGAAGUAGAUGCCUCGACGACAUGA